GAAACCGGGAAAAGGUAAUGUUUACCGAAACGAGAAACCAAUAACAUAAGCAUUUAUUCUGGCCAAUAUUAGUUCCAUUCAGGAGUACAUAGAGCGAUUAAACACUUGCGCAAGAUGCGUACGGCCACGGCGCUGUUGCGGAUUCGCAAACCCCAGAACGAAUCGGACGUGCCCUUUCAGGAGAUGCUGCCACUACGGCUAAAAAAUCAUGUCAGCGGCAAAACGGACAAAACGAGCGACGUGGCGUGCCUUCAGGAGAUGGCCAUACUGUUUUCCUGCAUGAAAACGAACGAUUUCAACGAAAGUCUGUGCACGAAGGAAGUGGGCAGCUUCCAGCGGUGCUACAAAGGGUUCCUAGACAAGAAGACGUUGAAGAAAGAAACCUCCAGCAAGGGUAUGCUAGUGGCCGGCAAGGACCUUAAUUAUAAGCAGCUGAACAAAGUGCUUAAAAAGUACCCAACCUCUGCGCAAAAGUAGAGCAGUGUUCUCGUGUGUGUCGCAAUUGUGUAAAUGUAGCGAAAU